AUGAGCCAGCCCCAACAAUGCUUCCUUCUCACGAGACUACCCCGUGAGCUCCGUGACCGCAUAUACAUCGAAGUCUUGGUCGCCAUCGACGACAUCAACAUCGAAAACCUCGAGUACGACGAGCUAUGGAGUCACGAAGAGUUCCCCGAGCCUGGUCUCCUACGCGCCUCACGCCAACUGCGCUAUGAAGCAUUACCAGUCUACUACGCCCACAACAUCUUCCGCGCCAUCGUCUUCGAUGAGGACUCCACGCCUCCCCUCCGAUGGCUCUCCUCCAUAGGCCAUGCCGGCCGCAAGGCCCUCCGCCAACUCGUGAUCCAGUAUCAGAUCUCACCAGGUACGAGGCAUCAACUUGAACAGGACAUUGAGUUUAGCUUACAGGGAUCGAUCCUUUCAGCCUUGCGGGCGAUUCUGGGCCAUCAUAUGCAACGGUACGGCCGGGCAGGUUGUGUGAAAUUUGCGCAGAAUGUCGGGAGGUUCCCGGAUUUGAGACUGGAGAGUGUCAGGCUUGAUACGGGGAGUCCUGACCCUGAGCCGGUGUUUGAGCAUAAGAAGCAUCAUUGGAGGGUGGAUAUGGAGAGACAUUUGGACCGGGCGAGAACUGAUAGGGCGCUGGACGCGGCGUUGGAAAAGACGUUGGCGGAGGGAUGA